GCCACGUACGAUGAGAUGAAAUACGAAGACCCAAGCUAUGUCAGCUUGCCCUCAAACGAUGCCAUGCCAUGGUAUUACCCUUCCCAUGGCACUGAUUUCGAGAAUGAGGAUAACACUGCCAAUUAUACUGCCGUCGCUGGCAACUGGGGACGGAAGAGGGUCGGCGACGCACGCUGGGUGCGCAAGGGAAAGAUGGCAGCGUGGGGGCCUAAUUACGAAGAAUGGGAAAUAGAAGACCAGGCUAGGAAACGGCUCAAGAUUCUACUUCCUACAGAACCAGACCCAGACGCACCCAUUACACUUCCGCACCUACGCUCGCCAACACCACCCCUCACAUCACCCUAUCCCGCCCCAAACACUCAACAUCUGACAUAUACCUCGUUCGUUUUGGAUAAAGGUGUUACUCAAGCCUUCCGCUCCAAGAUGUUGGACGAACUGGAGGAAUCAACAAACAGUAUCAUUGAGCAGGAAGGGAUUCUACGCCGUGCCCUCGGACGUCUGUGGCAAGCUCUCAGCGAAGAUCCAGACACACCUGCUGGCGACGCCGAUGUCAUACCGAAACGCGAAGAUGAAGACGUGGAAGGAGACAGCGAGAGAGAGCGUCGACUGGCCCGUGCACCGAAUCUCGAGCCUAUCACACAUAAGCUAUUCUUGACUCGCUUCUCUGUCGACGCCAAUAACAACUUCGACCCGCCAUCUGUGGAGGUACAGACCGAGAACAUGGAGAAGUCGCUCUCUCUGCUGCGGGACUUCCAGGAUGACGGGCGCGAAUACGUCGAACGCUUGGAGGAAAUUCGGGACGGAAUCGGAGAUCUAAGGAAGCAAAGAGACGCAAUAUGGGACAUUGUACGACGGAAAGCUAUCAGCGAACUGCGAGAGACAGUGGCAUCAAGUGUUCACCCACCGGCUUAGAUCGGAGGUUUGGCGCUGCCUAUCAUCCUCCUUGUGGUUGCCUGCUCUUCUGGAUUCUCUUUUGUCGCCUUUCAUACUCACUGUCGUUUUCCGCUGCUCUAUCGUAUGCUCUGUUACUGCUUUUUGUUUGUUGAAUAUCGAUGUUGUCUAUAUACGAUAUCCGAUUGGCUGAAU